AAAAGUUUUUUUCCACCCUAACGUUUAUUACACACCCGUCCCUAUGUACUGUUUUUGUUCUUGUGUAUCAACAAUCGCCUUUCCAUUUAAUUGUCGAAUGACUAACGGAUGUUUAGUCUACAGAUAGGAUAUCAAGGUUUUGAUAAACAGAUAGCCAAACGUAUGCCGGGCGUCAUUUCUUAAUAGAUUUAGUGCCACCAUGAAGAACUCUAGGAGUGUUUUCGUUUUUUUAUUGUGUGUUGUGAACUGGGUGUCCUGCAAUUUCGGAGCCGAAGUACAACAGAUUGGCCUCUCUAACACAUCUACUGUCGAAACCUCCAGCCGCAUCAUCGGGGGUACCGAGACCACAAUUGAAACAUACCCAUUUGCAGUGCAGAUAAACCGAGGUAAUUCUCUAGUAUGCGGCGGAUCACUUCUCACAAGACAAAUUGUCCUUUCUGCAGCGCAUUGCUUCUUUGAUGAAGACGGUGUAUUAAUUGAUAUCUUCCAUUUUAGAGUGCGUGCUGGAACCACGAACAACAAUUCAGGUGGCACGGUGGUCAGAAUAUCGCGUUUAAUAAUUCACGAGAAAUACAACAUACCUCUAAGAGAUAAUGACAUCGCUCUUUUGCAAAUGCGCUUCCCGUUAACUCUGAGCGACAGCAUCGGUUUAGUUGAGAUACCCAAACAGAACUUUGUCCUCGAUGACAACACAGAAUUGAAACAGAUAGGCUGGGGGUCAACAAUGGAGGACGAGCUACGAAUGUCGCCUGUUUUGAUGGAGGUAACUGUGCGAAAGAUAAACCACGAACUGUGUAGGCAGAGGUACCAAUUACUUGCAAACGGGACGAGUCUUUUCUUAGUCACUGAUAGCAUGCUGUGCGCUGGUCUGCUUGGAGUAGGAGGUAAGCACUUUCCCCGGAGACGUCGAGGAUUAUCAACUUUUACUAAAAUAGGUUCUAUAAGUUUUCUGUAA